CCCGCCGCUCCCGCGCAGGCGCCGCCAUGGCCGCCACCGGCAGUUGCUGAGGCGUCGCUGUCGCUGCUCCGCUCCGGGCGGCCCCAUGAGGAAGCGGCGGCGGCGGCGUUGGAGCGGCGAUGGGCUCGCUGAGCAGCCGGGUGCUGAGGGGGCGGGCGAGCCCCGCGCGCGGCGAUGGGGCGGCCGGAGACGGCGACGGCCGGGGCGGCAAGAGGAAGCGCGGCGGGGCCGAGGGGCCCGGUGACAGCGACAGCGAUAGCGAGGCCGAGCGGGAGGAGCGGCUGCUCAACACCCCGCGCAGGAAAAAACUGAAAAGCACUUUUAAGUAUAUUUAUCAGACUCUGUUUCUGAAUGGCGAGAACAGCGAUAUCAAAAUUUGUGCCCUGGGAGAGGAGUGGAACUUGCAUAAGGUAUAUUUGCGUCAGUCAGGCUACUUUUCCAGUAUGUUCAGCGGAUCUUGGAAAGAAUCUAAUAUGAACGUCAUAGAGUUGGAGAUUCCUGACCAAAAUAUCGAUAUAGAAGCUCUCCAGGUGGCUUUUGGUUCACUGUACAGAGAUGAUGUCUUAAUAAAACCCAGCCGAGUCGUUGCGCUUCUAGCAGCAGCCUGCAUGCUGCAGCUCGAUGGCUUAAUCCAGCGAUGUGGUGAAACAAUGAAGGAAACCAUUAAUGCAAAAACCGUCUGUGGUUAUUAUAAUUCAGCGGAGACGUACGGGUUAGACUCUGUGAAGAAAAAGUGCCUUGAAUGGCUCUUGAAUAACCUGAUGACUCACCAGAGUGUUGAACUCUUCAAAGAACUCAGCAUAAACCUCAUGAAACAGCUGAUUAGCUCUUCUAACCUGUUUGUAAUGCAAGUGGAAAUGGAUGUGUAUACUGCUCUCAAAAAGUGGAUGUUCCUCCAGCUAGUGCCUUCUUGGAACGGCUCUUUGAAACAACUCCUCGCUGAAGCUGAUGCCUGGUUUGCCAAGCGUAUGAAAGAUUUUGAGGGUGACGUUGCGUUCCUGGAAUCAGAACAGGGGAGCGCGUUCCUGCCGGUGUUCACACACUUAAGGUUGCCAUAUAUCGUCAGUGAUUUGGCAUCAGCCAGAAUUGUGGAGAGAGAUUCCCUGAUACCCCCAGAAUGGCUGUCCUCUGUUUACAAACAGCAGUGGUUUGCCAUGCUCAGAGCAGAACAAGACAAUGAUAUUGGGCCUCAAGAAUUAAAUGAAGAGGAAAUGGAAGGAAACAGCAUGAGGUGUGGUCGAAAACUUGCAAAGGACGGUGAUUACUGCUGGCGGUGGACGGGCUUCAACUUUGGCUUUGACCUGCUCGUUACUUACACCAAUCGUUACAUCAUUUUCAAGCGGAACACGCUGAAUCAGCCGUGCAGCGGGUCGGUCAGCCUGCAGCCUCGGAGGAACAUCGCCUUCAGGUUACGUCUGGCCUCUUUUGACAGCAGUGGGAAAAUCAUUUGCAGUAGAGCAACAGGAUAUCAGAUCCUAACCUUUGAGAAGGACCAGGAGCAGGUGGUGAUGAACCUGGACAGCAGGCUCCUCAUCUUCCCGCUCUACAUCUGCUGUAACUUCUUGUACACGUCGCCGCAGAAGAAAACGGAGGGUGAGGCGCUGCCGGAGAAUUCGGAACCCUGAGCCCUCUCCAUUGGGACGCAGUAGCGCUUGUAGGACUCUCUGCUUUCCGUUACCUGCCUUGCUGACGCACAGAGCCCUGACAACAAAGGCCUUACACUGUAGCUGAUAUAUCCAUGGCCUUAGUAUACUCCUAUGCAUAUCUGAAGAUCAGAAAUUAUCUAGGCCAAAACUAGUUAUCCCCUAUUUUUUUAAUUCUUAUUUAUGUUCCGCAUCUUCAGACAGUAGCCAUUCCGUGUUUGGGAAACGUUACGCUUUGAUUUCUCUGGGUGAAAACUGAGCCAAAUUGGAAAUAGGGGGUUUGCGUGAACAUCUUAGGAGGUUACCUGUGGGAUUCGGAGCACACGUGAUAGGACGUGUGGGUUUUGUGUUGGUUUUUGGGUUUUUUAACAACUAGUUUGUACAUACCAGCUCCAUAUUCUGCUUUAUUUUGUGGUUCUUUUCCAUUAGGGCCACGUACAUCUGUGUAAAUGUUGCCUGUCAACUUCUGUUAGUUAUUGAACUGUACGGACUUUCAGACCUGCUGGUUUUUAAGCCUUUAUUGCAUCUCCCACUCAUGCAUUUCUUUCUUGUUCUUGGACUUUUUUAACGUUGCGGCAGAUAUUUCCCUUUCUUUUUAUACCACGUGAAUUUGCUCAUAAGGAUGCUCAUAAGUGAAUUAUCAUUCUCCAUGUGCUGAAAACCUGUAUUAACCAUCCUUGGAGUCUGUGACACAGCAGCAGCUUUCAGCCAGGAUUCCACUUACUACACUCACGUGAACCAACCACCACCUUCCAAACAUCAUUUUUUGUGACUUGUUUCAGCUGUAACAUUGGGAAUAUAUCCCCUUUUAGCUCAGGAACUUGUGACCUUCGAGUGCCUUUUGAGUUGUGUGUGUUACCAAACUUCCCAUCAGUUAAGCGAGGUCACAGGAUCCGAAGGAAGAGCCGGGAGCAAGGGAUUCCUUUCCGUUGGUUUGACAAAGGAGUCGAGUGUAAGUGAUACACCGCGUUCAUUUUUUCUGUCUGUUGAGUUUUAUGCUUGUCUGUUUGAAUUUUGAAUCCCUACAGCAGGAUUUGGGGGUUCAAAGUGGGAAUUUUGCCUCUUUAGCCUAUUUUUUUAACGUUGUCAGAAAAGUAGAAAACCAUUUGUACUUUAUAACAAGGAUAAAAAUGUGUUGGGCAAGAUGGAAAAACAUGGCAACUUGUCAAUAAAUGAUUUCAAGUGUC